CAGCCUUGGCCGCACGCGCCGCGCCCGGGGCUUGCUUGGAGGGAGCGGGCUGCGUGUGCAGCCCAGUGGGGCGAGUCUGUCUUCGCCGCUGCCGCCGGGCUCCCGACGGUCUGGCUCCGCUCGUGCCGAACGCCCCACGCCGUCCGUCCCGUCCGCGCGGAGUCUCUGGUCAGAGCCAGCCCACCAACCAUGGGCGCCCAUCCGGGCAGAGUCCGAGUUGCUAGUCUCUCGCUGCUCCGGGUGCUACCGCUGCUGCUUCUGCUGCUGCCAGCGGCCAGCACCUCCGACGCUGAGCAUCGUUUGUUUGAGCGGCUGUUUGAAGAUUACAAUGAGAUCAUCCGGCCAGUGGCCAAUGUGUCUGACCCUGUCAUCAUCCAGUUUGAGGUGUCCAUGUCACAGCUGGUGAAAGUGGAUGAAGUAAACCAAAUCAUGGAGACCAACUUGUGGCUCAAGCAAAUCUGGAAUGACUACAAGCUGAAGUGGAACCCCUCCGACUAUGAUGGGGCAGAGUUCAUGCGUGUCCCCGCGCAGAAGAUCUGGAAGCCAGACAUUGUGCUGUAUAACAACGCUGUGGGGGACUUCCAGGUGGAUGACAAGACCAAAGCGUUACUCAAGUACACGGGGGAAGUGACCUGGAUCCCCCCGGCCAUCUUUAAGAGCUCGUGCAAAAUCGACGUGACCUACUUCCCAUUUGAUUACCAGAACUGCACCAUGAAGUUCGGCUCGUGGUCCUACGACAAGGCAAAAAUCGACCUGGUCCUGAUCGGCUCCUCCAUGAACCUCAAGGACUACUGGGAGAGCGGCGAGUGGGCCAUCAUCAAAGCCCCCGGCUACAAACACGACAUCAAGUACAACUGCUGCGAGGAGAUCUACCCAGACAUCACGUACUCGCUGUACAUCCGGCGCCUGCCUCUCUUCUACACCAUCAACCUCAUCAUCCCCUGCCUGCUCAUCUCCUUCCUGACCGUGCUUGUCUUCUACCUGCCCUCCGACUGCGGCGAGAAGGUGACCCUCUGCAUCUCGGUCCUCCUCUCCUUGACCGUGUUUCUCCUGGUGAUCACCGAGACCAUCCCGUCCACGUCACUGGUGAUCCCCCUGAUCGGCGAGUAUCUCCUGUUCACCAUGAUUUUUGUAACCCUGUCCAUCGUCAUCACUGUGUUCGUGCUCAACGUGCACUACAGGACCCCAACCACGCACACGAUGCCCACAUGGGUGAAGACUGUAUUCCUGGAGCUGCUCCCCAGGGUCAUGUUCAUGACCAGGCCAGUGAGCACCGAGGGUAACGCUCCGAAGCCCAGACCCUUCCAUAGCGCUGAGCUCUCAAACCUGAACUGCUUCAACCGUACCGAGUCCAAGGGCUGCAAGGAAGGCUACCCCUGUCAGGACGGGCUGUGUGGCUACUGCCACCACCGCCGGGUAAAAAUCUCAAAUUUCAGUGCCAACCUCACGAGGAGCUCCAGUUCUGAAUCUGUUGACGCCAUGCUGUCCCUCUCUGCGCUGUCGCCAGAAAUUAAAGAAGCUAUCCAAAGUGUCAGGUACAUUGCUGAAAAUAUGAAAGCGCAAAAUGAAGCCAAAGAGAUUCAAGACGAUUGGAAGUAUGUUGCCAUGGUGAUUGAUCGUAUUUUCCUGUGGGUUUUCAUCCUGGUGUGCAUUUUAGGGACAGCAGGAUUGUUUCUGCAACCCCUGAUGGCCAGGGAUGAUGCAUAAGCACUGAAGUGUGUGUUUGCCUGAGCUUACUUAUGUAUGUGUUGGGGGAAGGAGGCUCUUUUUAAUUGUAUUUUUUAUUGGGGUAAAAUACACUUAGCAUAAAGUUUAUCAUCUUAACCAUGCUUAAGUGCAUAGUUCAGUGCUAUUCAAUACAUUCACCUUGUUGUGUAACCAUGACCCCCAUCCAUCCCCGUAACUCUUUCAUCUUGUAAAACUGAAACUCUAGACCCAUUAAAGUAACUCACCAUUCUCCCCUCCCUACCAGCAACCACUAUUAUACUUUGUCUUUCUGAUUUUGAUGAUUCUAAGUACCACAUACAGGUGAGAUCAUACAGUAUUUGUCUUUAUGUGACUGGCCUAGUUCACUUUACAUAAUGUUCUCAAGGUUCAUCCAUGUUGUAACAUAUGGCGGAAUUUCCUUACUUUUUAAGGCUGAAUAAUAUUCCACUGUUAAGUAUAUACAUUUUCCUUAUCCAUUCAUCUGUUUUAGCUGUUGUGGAUAACAUUGCUAUGAACAUGGGUGUACAGAUAUCUCUGUGAUAACUUGCUUUCAAUUCUUUUGAGUAGAUACCCAAAAGUGCCAUUGCUCAAUCCUAUGGUAAUUCUGUUUUUAAUUUUUAAAAAAAACUCCAUACUGUUUUCCACAAUGGCUAUACCAUUUUACGUGCCCACCAACAAUGCACAAGGGUUCCAGUUUCUCUACUGGAAAACUUCAUCAUACUUAUUAUUUUCUGGUGUUUGGAUAACAGCAAAUCUAUUGGUUGUGAGGCAGUAUCUCAUUGUAGUUUUGAUUUGUAUCUAAUGAUUAGUGAUUUUGAGCAUCUUUUCAUGUGCUUAUUGGCCACGCAUAUCUCUUCUUUGGAAAAAUGUCCAUUCAAGAUCUUUGUGGUGUUCCCUGGUGACCUAGCUAUUAAGGACCCAGCGUUGUCACUGCCGUGGCUCAGGUUUGAUCCCUGGCCUAGAAACUUCCAUACAAAUAUCUGUUCCAAGGGCAAGACCAAAAACAAGAUCUUUGCUCAUUUUUGAAUUGGGUUGUUUGGUUUUGUUGUUGUUAAGUUUUAGGAGCUCUCUAUAUACUAUUAAUCCUUCAUCAGGUAUAUGAUUUGCAAAUAUUUUCUCCCAUUCUGUGCUUUGCCUUUUUACUGUUGAUAAUGUCUUUUGAUGCACAAAAUUUUUAAAUUUUCAUGAAGUCCAAUUUGUCUGUUUUUUUCUUUUGUUACCUGUGCUUCUCGUGUCCAAGAAAUCACUGCCAAAUCCAAUGUUAUAAUGCAUUUGUCCUGUUUUCCUCUAAGAGUUUUAUUGUUUUAGGUCUUAUAUUUUAGCUCUUAAUAGUAACACACUUCCUAUAAUCAAGCUACUGGCUUUGUUUUUGGCAUUUCAAGGUUUACUUAUUAACCAGUAGUCUUGAUUUUUGUUUAAAAAAAUGAUUCAUGCAAGAAAAAUGUCAAGAGUAUUAUAUGUAAAUGAAUAUUUAACCAACCUUUUGGGUAAGGAAAAGAAAUGUCAAAACAUAAUUCUUCUACAGUGAUAAGUAGCAUGCUGUGCUAUGGACCAUGUUAAAAUGAAAACUAUUUUUUUUUUCCUUUGGUGGUUGAGAUAUAAUGGAUGGUUUUCUUCUUUGGCCCAUAAUCUCCUUGAAGUUGUAUACUAUUUCAGCAAGAUCUCACUACUAUUAUUUCUUACCAUGCACCACUUCUUUUUUUGAAACUGCUUUUCAAGAGUCUAAAGGUCCAUGCCCCCACCGCAGAGGACCUCAAUUAUCUAUCUCACAUAAUUCUAAAUUUUUAUACUAUGAGAAAUUAUGGCUAGUCACACACUCAUUGUUUUUGUCUCUUUAGAGUCGCACCCAUAGCAUGUGGAAUCAGAGCUGCAGUUGCUGGCCUAUGCCACAACACACAGGUCCAAGCUGCAUCUCUACCUAUGCUGUGGCUUGCGGCAACACCAGAUCCUUAACCCACUGAGUGAGCCCAGGAAUUGAACCCACAUCCUCAUGGAUACUAGUCAAGUUCUUAACCCACUGAGCCACAAUGGGAACUCCACACAUUCAUUAUUAAUGAACCUUUAGAACAGAGUUUCUCAGAGUCUGAUAGCCUAGCGGGUUAAGGAUUCAGGGAUCCAGUGUUGUCACUGCUGUGGCACAGAUUCAAUGCCUGGCUUGGGAACUUCCAUAUGCUGUGCGCAUGGCCAGGAUAAACAGGGUUUCUCAACCUCAGCACUAUUAGCAUUUGGAGCCAGAUAACUCUGUGUCGGGGGGUAGGGUCUGUCCUAUGCAUUGAAAGAUCUUCAGCAGCACCUUGGCCACUAUCCGCUAGACACCUAUCCCCAUCGCUCACCAGGUGUGACAACCCAAAGUGUCUCCAAAGAUUGUUAAAUGUCCCCUCAGGGCAAGACCGCUCCUGGCUGAGAACCAUUGCUUUAGACAAGUUAUUAAGGAGUGAGUACCCUAUACUCCACUCUUUUUUUUUUUUUUUUUUUUUUUUUUUUUUUUUUGGCCAUGUCCCUGGCAUGUGGAAGUUCCUGGGCUAGGGACUGAACCUGCGCCACAGUAGCCAACUGAGCCACAGCAGUGACAACACCAGAUCCUUAACCUGCUGUGCCACCAGGGAACUCCUUCACUUCUGAAUCUGAAUAACCACUGGCAAGAGUUGAUGAUUUGCAUAGACCAUUGUACUCUUCUCGCUAGUCCUUAUGAUGUUUUUCCUGUGCAAAAAUAAAACUGACAAAAUUGCAA